CGGAUGCGCGGUGUCCCCGCCUCCCUCCGCUGUUUCCACUUCCUGACAGCGAGGUCACCUGAAAUAAAUAGUUGGCCUCGAUCACUGCUCCGUCCUGUAGGCGGUGUCCGCGACGAACACGGACUGAGAGCAGAGGGCGACGAGCUGGCUGUAAGAUAUUCUGUCCCAUCAAGUGAUCCUGCUCAGCAGCUUCCAUCAUGUGCGAUCUCACACGAGACAGCAAUUUGGAGACGGAUAACAUGGCUGAUUUUUCCCUGAUGAACAGUCGCCUGGACUCCUUCCAUGGCUCCAGCCUGGCCUUGCAGGUGCCGGCAGAUAAACUGGCCCGGGCCGGCUUCUUCUUCACCGGCCAUGCCGAUCGUGUCUGCUGUUUCAGCUGUGGGAAAACUGUGGAAAACUGGCACAGUGGAGACAAACCUGUUGAAAGGCAUAAAGAGGUUUCCCCGUUGUGCCGGUUUCUCUGCUUCGCCCACCGCACCCGUUUUAACCCAAGUUCUGAUUCCACAAAUGGUCCCAUCAUAAGUGACGAAGCAGAAGACCUGGGAUAUCAGUUGAGAACAGGAGCGGUGGUUGAUGAGUCCACCUACCCUAUGGCUCCUCACAUGAGGAGCGAGGAGGCCCGGCUUCAGACCUUCUCUUCUUGGCCAUCUGCGGCACCCGUGAGAGCCCAGGAUCUGGCCCAAGCCGGCCUCUACUACCUGGGGGAGAGUGACCGGGUGCAGUGUUUCUGCUGUGGUGGCAUGCUGGGUGGCUGGGAAGCAGGGGACACCGCCUGGGGAGAACAUACCAAACACUUUCCCUACUGCUUCUUCAUCCUUGGGCACGACGUGGGCAACAUCCCAUUCCAGGGGGGUACUGAGGAAGAGGAGUGCGGCAGUAGAAACCACCAUAACACUCAGGGCCUUAUGGACAGUUUUGAGGAGAGGCUCGGGAGUUUUGCAGGUGUCCAGCACCCAAUUGAUCACGAGAGACUGGCCAGAGCUGGCUUGUACAGCACAGGGUCAAGAGACGGGGUGUUGUGUUUCCGCUGUGGUGGAGGUUUGAAAGGUUGGCAGCCUGAGGAAGACCCUUGGGAAGAGCAUGCCAAACACUACCCUGGAUGCAGCUUCGUGUUAGCAGAAAAGGGAGCGGAAUUUGUUAACAGCAUCCAGCUGCAAGACCCACGACGAAAUAGAGCUACUUCAAGUCAUCAGAAUGGAUUUUCUGGAAAUACAAAAGAGGUGCUGCGCUCUCAUGUGGCUCAGAAGGCGAUCGAGAUGGGCCUGAGUCCCUGUGUGGUGGAAAAGACCAUCUUGGAGAAGAUCAGUAGGACGGGCUCAGGCUACUGUAGCCUCGAAGCACUCAUGGAGGAUUGCAUCAACAGCAGCCCAGAGAGUGAUGCUGCCAAACAAGAUGAGGACCCACUGGAGAAACUUAUGAAGCUGCAGAGGGAAAAGCAGUGCAAAAUAUGUAUGGACAGAGACAUUUCCAUUGUCUUCAUCCCGUGCGGUCAUCUGGUCACUUGCGAGCAGUGUUCAAAGUCGCUCAUCAAGUGUCCAAUCUGCUGCGGGGCCAUAUCGCAGAAGCUCAAGACCUACAUCUCUUAAGGGAAUUACAGACUCUUGCUGACUCCAAUGCUGCUUCCUCACUAUCUUUAUAAUAUUGUAUUUUAAUAUCAAAUGUAGAUAGCCUGUAAUAUAUUUAAGGACCAUACUGUCUGUAUGAGUAUGAGAAUAAAAGAGAAAUGAUAUUUUGACAAUCAGGUGGUAAAUAGCUAUUAAUAUUGAGAUGAGAUAUUAGAUAGUCAAUGUUGAUUUUAUGUAAUGAUCACUGACACCUGUAAAUACAUUUAUUCCCAUUUUACAAUGCUCUUUUAUGCCAGGGGUGCCUUUCUCUAGGUUUAUGUACUUGUGUCUCAUUUUGUCAUAUUAUUUUAUAGGCUGUAAUGUCGGUUUCAUUUCAGUUUCAUACACCUGCGUGCCCUGCUCAUUUAUUUAGUCUGCUGUACUUAACCUUUAAGUAAGAGUUUCAUCAACGUUUGCUGCUCCGAGUGGACUUAUAAUGGUAGAUUUUUAAAUCUAUCAGGACUUUACUUUGUAAUUGACAAAAUCAAUUUGAGUUGUGGGGCUGCGAUUUUUUUAGUGUGGUGUGAAAUCAAAUUCUUUUACCAUUCCAUCAUCCAAUCUGUUGUCACCAAGAUUGAAUAAAUUUGAAUAAUUGGA